UGUUCUCUUUCUCUUCAAGUUAGAAAACAGAAUGCAGCUACAGCUACAGACGCAGCUACAGUUAAAGCUACAGACGCAGCUACAGCUACAGUUAAAGCUACAGACGCAGCUACAUCUACAGACGCAGCUACAGUUAAAGCUACAGACGCAACUACAGCUACAGUUAAAGCUACAGACGCAGCUACAGCUACAGACGCAGCUACAGUUAAAGCUACAGACGCAGCUACAGCUACAGACGCAGCUACAGUUAAAGCUACAGACGCAGCUACAGUUAAAGCUACAGACGCAGCUACAGCUACAGACGCAGCUACAGCUACAGACGCAGCUACAGUUAAAACUACAGACGCAGCUACAGCUAAAGCUACAGGUAAAGCUACAGACGCAGCUACAGUUAAAGCUACAGACGCAGCUACAGUUAAAACUACAGACGCAGCUACAGUUAAAGCUACAGUUAAAGCUACAGACGCAGCUACAGCUACAGACGCAGCUACAGUUAAAGCUACAGAUGCAGCUACAGCUAAAGCUACAGGUAAAGCUACAGACGCAGCUACAGUUAAAGCUACAGACGCAGCUACAGUUAAAACUACAGACGCAGCUACAGUUAAAGCUACAGUUAAAGCUACAGACGCAGCUACAGCUACAGACGCAGCUACAGUUAAAGCUACAGAUGCAGCUACAGUUAAAGCUACAGAUGCAGCUACAGCUACAGACGCAGCUACAGUUAAAGCUACAGACGCAGCUACAGUUAAAGCUACAGACGCAGCUACAGUUAAAGCUACAGACGCAGCUGCAGCUACAGUUAAAGCUACAGACGCAGCUACAGCUACAGACGCAGCUACAGUUAAAGCUACAGUUAAAGCUACAGACGCAGCUACAGCUACAGACGCAGCUACAGUUAAAGCUACAGAUGCAGCUACAGUUAAAGCUACAGACGCAGCUACAGAUGCUCGACACAAAAAUAAGUCUAAUAAUAAAUGUUGAUGUAGUGAAUUUUUCUUAAAAUAAAGAGAUGCUUAUUUAACAUUAACAUUUAUGGAAGGAGUCUCCAGUGUCAGUGCUUUGGAACAGUCAGAGGUAAAGCUGUAAGUUUUCCGACAUCUCCAGGACAGAGGAGUUUACGCUUUGUGGUUUCUCUGUAACAUGACGAGCUGCAUAUUGUGUCUUAAAGAGAAAUAAG